AUGUUCAAAUGGCUGACCUCUGACCGCGACAAGGGGACCCGAGCCUUUGCAUCGGUGGCGGAUGGUCUGCAGGCGUUGUACAAAGAGAAAUUGUUGCCCAUCGAGAAGGAUUUCAGCUUUCAUCACUUCUUCUCGCCGGAGCUCACAGAUGCAGACUUCUCAGCCCGUCCCAUGGUCAUGUUGGUCGGCCAAUACUCGACCGGGAAAUCGACCUUCAUCCGCCAUCUCUUGGGUCGAGACUACCCAGGCUUGCGCAUCGGUCCAGAGCCCACCACCGACAAGUUCGUGGCGGUGUGCAAGGGCGAGAUGGAUCAAGUGAUCCCGGGCAAUGCGCUGGUGGUGGAUAAGUCCAUGCCCUUUACUCAGCUCAGUCACUUUGGCAACAACUUCCUCACCCGCUUUGAGUGUUCCAAGCUGGACAGCCCCGUGCUGAAUGGCAUGUCCUUGAUCGACUCUCCAGGCGUCUUGUCUGGGGAAAAGCAGCGGAUCAAGCGCGGCUACGAAUUCGAAGAAGUUGUGAAGUGGUUUGCAGACAGGGUUGAUAUGAUCCUGGUCUUGUUUGAUGUGUCAAAGCUAGAUAUUUCAGAUGAAUUCCGACGUGUGCUUCUUGCGUUGAAGGGGAACGAUCAAAAGAUUCACAUUGUCUUGAACAAGGCUGACAGGGUUACGACGCCGCAGCUCAUGCGUGUCUAUGGAGCCCUCAUGUGGUCUUUGGGAAAGGUGAUCGACACUCCUGAAGUUUCUCGGGUGUACAUUGGCUCUUUCUGGGAUGAGCCACUUCAAAACGAUGAGCAAAGAAAGCUAUUUGAAUCAGAAGAGAAUGACCUCUACACAGCACUUGCACAAAUGCCACGGAGUGCUGCCACAAGAAAGCUGAAUGAUCUCAUCAAGAGAGCUAGACUUGCGAGGGUCCUCGCUUUCCUUUUGAAUCACCUCAGGAACAAGAUGCCAUCCUUCAUGGGGAAGAGCAAGGAGCAGAAGAAGCUCAUAGACAACCUGCCGAACGUCUAUGGGGAGAUCGCCAAGGAGAAAUCCUUGGCCAUGGGCGACUUCCCAGACCCGCAACUGAUGAGAGAGAAGCUGGAGAAGAUGGAUUUCACCAAGUUCCCCAAGUUGGAUAAGAAGACUCUGGGCCUUGAGAAGAUGAUCCAUGAAGAGCUUCCGCAACUUUUGAAGCUCACCACCGAGGAGGCCGCCUCCUCCCAGGCGGCCUCCAUGUCGCAGCUGACCGCUGGUGCCUCGCCCUUUGCCGUCAUGAAGGUGGAUGGCAAAAGCGAACGGACAGUGUACCAGGAUCAAUGGCUGCAGCCCCCAAAUGUCGACGAAUACUUGAAAGAGUUCGAGGAGAUUGGCCCCAAUAGCGCAGGCAAAAUCUCUGGAUCCCAGGCGAAAGUCGUUCUGGAGCAGAGUAAGCUACCUUCAAAGGUGCUUCAUGCGAUUUGGAACUUAUCCGAUGUAGACAAGGAUGGCGCUCUGACUCAGGCGGAGUUUGCACUGGCCAAACAUUUCAUUAAGAUGAAGCUGGAGGGACAAGAUCUUCCGCCUACCUUGCCUCCGCAAAUGGAGAUCAAGACCGGGGAUGGCUACAGCCGUUCGUCGGCGGAGGCCUUCGUGGACGCUUAUGAGGGCAGGACUCUGGAAGGUGCGUAUGAACAGAUCAAUGCCUUGAACACGCGCUUCAAAGAGGCGUGUGUGGAUAUGGAAAGCCUGAAGCAAUACGUGGAUGAGAACGUCUCCGAUCUUAAGGACUUUAUCGCCUCAGUGGCCAAGAAGCUCCCAAUGCCCGUGAAAUUUACCACCGAGGAAAAGUUCGUGGUCAAGAAGGCAAUCUUGCUGCAUUUUGAGUGCCAAGCACCAAUUCGCACCCGAUACUGCGCGCUGCAGAACGGUAAGACCUACACCACCGAGACCUUGGAGUGGAGCCGCUGGUUGAAGAUGGGUUUGAGCGCCGCGAAGCUGGGCAAGUCGGUGCUCACCGCCGAUGCGAUUGCAGACCUGCCUGGAGUGGUGGACCAGGUGAAGGGCCUCUACAACAUGUACACGAAGGAAGAUGGUGAAGAUUUCUUGAGCUUCAUCUCCGAGCCAUUUUUGACCUCGGAAGAGCAAGACAAGCUGUUGAACCAGCUUCGUGCUGCAAACUUCUUUCAGAAGUUUCAGUACGACAACCAAACAGCUAACUGGAUCUGUGCCAACUGCCAUGCCAUCUACUUGAAGGCGGGCUCCAACCGCAGUGAGGCAGGCAUUGAGGCCGCAUCCUCUCACCCAGAGGUGGAGUUACCCUUCCCGUCGCUCAGCUUGGGCCAAGAGGGUGCGACCGCACAGGAGCGUGCGGAAAACGCCAUGGGCGCUGCCUUGGAGGUCAAGAAGACGACCAUGGCAUGCUGCUCCCUGUUUGGUAUGAACCUUUGCACUUCGGAUGGUGAUGAGCUGCAGGUGAAUUAG